UAUGGUGUGAUGUGAACUGUUUUUAUUUGUAAGCUGACCCCAUAUUAGCUUACUUAUUAAUGACUGUGAGAAGGAAAACUUUACUGGUUGUACACAUUUUGAAAGGCGAAAUCUGAUUAUGUUCAUUUAAGUUCAGUGAGCCGUGCUGAGUUGUGGAGUGUGAUUCAACGUUAGCUAUUGAAACUGCCAUGUAAAUUGUGAAAACGUGUUCCUAGGUCAACCUCUGUAACUAAGGCAGUUUGCGCCAAAGUGAAACAACGUAAACACACCACAGAAAGAGUUCAAAUACAUUUGCUUGAAUUGGGCAUUGAUGUUUCAUUGUGCGAUUUGAAAAGGGGGUGUUGAAUUACUGCUGCAGUUCACAAGGUGGUUUUAAGAGCACAGUUAUUGUAAUACUCUAUCUGCCAUUGUUGUGUGCUCCACAACAAAUGGGGUGCAGUAUUAACAUGUGAAUGCAUCUUUCAUCACAUUUCUGUGUUCUGCAAGGUCUUGGUUUUCCUUAGGAACUGGGGACAAGAGCACAGUUUAGGACAACGAUGUCCCUCAGUAUGUGAAAUGAAUCAGUUUCGGGGAAAACUGAGGCCCCGCCCGAUAGGACUACCAGACAUAGGCCACCACCAGGUGGAUACAUCUGGGACAACAGGGGCAGUCAGGGAGGAGCCUGUACCAUAUCGCCUCCCUAGGACUCAGCCGUCCAGUGUGCCACAGGAGGGACAGGGGGCUGCAGCCGGGGAUCAAGAUGGCUCAGAAAAUUUACUAAAAUUGUGGAGUGACUGUGAUGUGGACUAUAACAGCUUAAGGAACUUUAUUCUCCAGUCUUCAAAAGUUUACUCCAAGAAGAUGCCAAAGACCUCCUAUGAUUCUAGACAUGUUUACAGCCAUCCUGCAUACUCUAAGUACACACUGGGAAAUCAGGAUCGCUUUGUCCAUUUAGCAAAGUAUGAUGAACCACAGAUGGUGAUAAAUAGUGUACAGCAGCUUCAGCUACAAAGAUCAAAAACAGAAGAUUUUGGCUUCCCACAAAUAGACCCCUCCCCUUCUCCAGCAUUACGGAGUCUCACAGCUUCACCCACAAAGUCCAUUAAGUGGACACUAGGGGCCAAGAAACACUUCAAUUUUGACAGACAGGGUAAAGGUCACUACCAGGGUCCCUUUUCGCGCACCUUCCCUGUCACAUGUUCUGCUCCUACAAACUGGCUGCGCAUGAAGUUAGGCCAGCAUCCAAACAGAACUAGCACAGUGAGCUAGAGACUUCAUCUUUUUAAUCAAUUUUAGGGCAUAUAAAUCUGAAAAAUGAUGUGUCAAUUCUGUGAUAAUAGAUGAACCCCUGUAGAAUACCUUUCCAUCUUUCACUUAAUGAGUAUACUGUAACUUUUCAACAU